UGACAUAACAUGAAUGGAUAUAGGAGGGGACAUUCGGAAUGAUGGCGUUUCUCUUCCCGCGUCUGUCCCGUCUGCAGGAGCCCCGCUCUCCCGGAGGAGCUGAACCCCUCCCUGCCCACGGCAAGCAGGGACGGAAUUCCUGCGUUUGCUUUGCUUGCGUGCACGGCUUUUGCUUUCCCUAUUAAACUGUUUCUUUCAACCCACAAGUUUUCUAGUUUUUACCCUUCCGUUCUCUCCCUGGUCCCGAUGUGGGGUGGAGGGGUGGGAGCGAUGAGCAAGCGGCCGCGAGGCGCUUUGGGGUGGCUGGGGUUAAGCUUCGACAGCCACACGGGGCUCUGCUUUGGCUGCCGUGCCGUGACCCUCCGGUACACAACAGGACCCUCGCCAUUGUCUGCCGUGACCCCACACUCUGGAAGCCCCCUGGUACCGCGGCUGGGACCCCCACCUCUGUCCCGUGCCCCCCUUGCUGUACCUGACCGCUCGAAUGAAGACUCGCCCUCAGCCCUCUGCCUCCGGCCUGGGCGUGGCCGGGACGGGGCGGCCCCGGGGCGGGCACCGGGACCAUUCCAGUCCACCGGGCACCGUGGCACCGUUCCUGUCCACCGGGCACCGCGGGACCUCUCCAGCGCACCGGGCACCGCGGGACCAUUCCAGUCCACCGGGCACCGCGGGACCAUUCCAGUCCAUCGGGCACUGCUGGCAGGAGACUCUGUCAAGCUGUCCAACAGAAAGCCAGCUCUAGAGGAGGAACGCAGGAUCCCGAUAGUUAUAUAUGCAAAAUCUGGGGAGCACACAACUCCUGGUGAUGAGCCCAAGAAGGAGACAAAUUCAGAUGAGAAACCCUUGGAUAAGACAAAUCAUGGUGACAAACCCAAGGAUGGGGAUGGUCCUGGGAAUGGUCCUGGAGAUGGUCAUGGCAAUGGUGCUGGCAAUGGUCCCAAGGAUGGGGAUAAUCCAGGGGACAAUGGAAGUGUCAUUGGAACUGUCAUUGGAGCCACAGUGGGAGCAGGAUUGGCACUGGUUGGCCUCCCGGUGUGCCUCGGCGCGCUGGGGUUCACCGGGGCCGGCAUCGCCGCUGGCUCCAUCGCUGCCAAGAUGAUGUCGGCAGCUGCCAUCGCCAACGGCGGCGGAGUGGCUGCUGGCAGCACCGUGGCCGUGCUGCAGUCCGUCGGAGCUGCAGGUCUCUCUCUUGGCUCUGCUGGUGCAGCAGGCGGUGCCUUGCUGUCCAAAGGGAAGAAACCUCCAAGUGACUAA